AUGGCGACCCAGAUUUACCACCGCAAAAGGAAACCAAUUACCUCCACCUCCUCUCCGUUCAGCAAACUUGAUGUGGAUCUCCUCUUGGAAGUGCUUAUUCGGCUCCCGGACCCUAGAUCCGCCGUCCGAUGCAAACCCGUCUGCAAGUUGUGGAACUCCCUAAUCUCCGCUCCCUACUUCGCCCCCCGAUUCCUUUCCCACCACCCGAUAUCCGCCGCCGGCGAACCCAAACCCCCUUCUCUGACUCCCCCCGAGCUCCGUGAAUUGAUCCUGAGCUUCCUCCCCUUGCCUAGCCACAUCGAAUCCAAGUUCGCUGUCCUCGAUUCGGCCAAGGACUUGCUCUUACUCGGUUUCCCUCAGGGGAAAAUCGGCGACCAAUUGCACACAACGUACCUUAUCUGCAAUCCGUUCACCAAGCAGUGGGUCGCCCUGCCUUUAGCGCCUAAAGAGUCGGCGCGCUGUAGCUCGAUUGUGAAAUUAGUGAGUCAGCCCUGCAGUAAUCCCCCUGCUCCAGAUUUUGUCCCCGAUGGUGAAGCUCUGUUCCCCUGUCAUUUUGGGUACCGUCGAUUCCGGGUGGUACGAAUGUACAAAUUGUGGAAAUUAGCUGAUACAAUGCCAGUAGAGGUGUUCUGUUCCAGAUCUGGCAGAUGGACGAAAUUGGUUCUCCCUGUUCACGAGGAUUUAAGGUGCUGUAUAGAUCACGGCCGUAAACGGGUGCUCUCGCUCAAUGACAAAUUGUACUGGUUGAAUCGCCGGGGGAGAGUUGCCAAGUUGGAUCCUUUCUGCCUAGACCAUACUGUUAGGAAAUUCUAUUUCCUAUUAUGA